CUCCCUUCAGCUCGGCACUGUUCAGGCUGUCUUAAGCCGUGCGCCGCCGUCGCCCUCAAUUCUUCGAAGGCUCGAACAAGAACUGUCCGCUCUUCCUCGUUUGAAUUAUCACAAACACAAGACGGGCAACGAACGAUGAUCCCCUGGGAAGCAGCAACGAUCGCCAUCUACGCUCGCUCCUCCUCCUCCUCCCUGCCAUGAGGACGCUCCUCCGGCCCCUUCGGACCACCGCCUCCCGCCUCUCUCCCCGGCCCCUGUGGCUCCACAACCGCGCCGCCGACGACCUCUUCGUCUCCAGCGAGGUCCUCGCGAUCCUCGACGCCGCCGGCCCCGCCGUCGAGCCGGCCCUCGACCGCAUCUCCCCGUUCCUCUCCCACGACGUCGUGGAGUCCGUCGUCCGGGAGCAGCGGGACCGCGCGCGGUGCUUCCGGUUCCUCCUCUGGGCGAUGCGGGACAGGAGGUUCCGCGUCUGGGACUCUCACCGCUUGGUGGUCGGCAUGCUCGCGGAAGAAGACGGCGCGCUCGAUGCGUACUGGAGGGUCCUCGAGGAGGUCAGGAGCCGCGGGUUUCCGAUCGUGUCCGACGCUUUCCUGGUGCUGAUCUCGGCGUAUUGGGAGAUGGGUAUGCCCGAGAAGGCCGUGGAUGCAUUUGGGAGGAUGAGGGAUUUUGAUUGUGAGCCCAAUGUGUAUACUUAUAAUAAGAUAAUGCACAUUAUUUGGCGGAAGCAGCUUAUGUGGUUGGCUCUGGCGAUUUACAAUAAGAUGGCGAAGUCAGAUUGUUUGCCGAACCGAGCUACCUAUACUAUUUUGAUUGACGGGUUCUGCAAAAGCGGCAAGAUUAAAGAUGCUCUCAAGAUGUUUGACGAAAUGACGCUUAGAGGUAUAUCGCCCAAUGAGAGGACUUACACAAUAGUAGUCGCGGGGCUGUGUCAAGCGAAGAGCACGGAUCAUGCUUAUAAGUUGUUUGAGUCUAUGAGGGAGAGCGGGUGUAGUCCCGAUUCGGUUACUUACAAUGUUUUGCUUGAUGGGUUCUGCAAAGCAGGUAAGAUAGACGAGGCUUUGUUGGUUCUGCCGACGUUCGAGAAGGAGGGGUAUGCACUUGGGUUGAAGGGGUAUAGCACUUUGCUUAAUGGGUUGUUUAAAGCUGGGAGAUAUGAUGAAGUGGAUGUGUGGUAUAGGAGGAUGGUCAAGGAGGAGGUCAUACCUGAUGUCACCUUGUAUGCCAUAAUGAUUCGGGGUUUGUCAAACGCAGGCAGGAUGGAGGAUGCAAUGAGUAUGCUCGAGGAAAUGACCCAGAGAGGUCUAAUUCCAAACUCAUAUUGCUAUAACGCUAUAGUAAAAGGGUUUUGUGACGUGGGUCUUCUUGACAAGGCCCGGUCUCUUCAACUCGAGAUAUCGCAGCGUGAUUCCAUUCAUGAUGCCUGCACUUACACGAUUCUCAUAUGCAGUAUGUGCAGGAACGGGCUAGUUGAAGAGGCUCGACAGAUAUUCGACGAGAUGGAAAAACAUGGCUGCUUGCCUUCUGUCGUGACCUUCAAUGCUUUAAUGGAUGGGCUCUGUAAGGCUGGUGAGCUCAAGGAAGCCCACCUUUUGCUCCACAAGAUGGAGAUAGGCAGAAAUCCUUCAAUAGUGCUUCGGCUUUCUCAAGGUUCCAAGCGGAGGGUAGAUAGCGAGAGUCUCAAAGAGAUGGUGUCGCAGUUAUGCGAAUCUGGGUUGAUUCUUAAGGCCUACCAGCUUCUAAUUCGGCUUGCCAAUAGUGGUGUUGUGCCGAGUAUUGAAACAUACAAUACAUUGAUAAAUGGUUUCUGCAAGGCAGGCGAACUAACUGCUGCUCGCAAUCUGUUAAAGGAGCUACAGAUGAAGGGGCUCGCGGAUUCAGUGACCUAUGCAACUCUUAUAGAUGGGCUACAAAGGGCUGACAGAGAAGAGGAAGCAUUUGAGGUUUUUGAUAAGAUGGAAAGGGUGGGAUGCCCACCUAGCUCAUCAGUAAAUAAAUGUCUAAUAACUUGGUCAUGCAGGAGACGUAAGCUUCCAUUGGCAUUUAGUCUUUGGUUAAAGUAUCUGAAUAACCUUCCUGGCCGAGAUGACAGAACCUUAAAAGUAGCUGAGGAGCAUUUUGAGAAAGGAGAAGUGGAGCAGGCAGUCAGACAAUUGCUACAGCUGGAGAUGAGUCUGAAGGACUUUGAUCUUGCACCAUACAACAUUUUUCUUAUUGGCAUGUGCCAAGCAUCGAGAAUUGAAGAAGCUCUCAAAAUAUUUUUACUUCUCAAAGAGAACCGGCUCGAUAUAUCUUACACAAGCUGUUCUACAUUGCUCCCUGCUCUGUGUAAGGAAAGAAACUUGGACGCAUCGGUGGAGGUUUUCCGUUAUAUGCUGGAGAGAGGAUUCCACGUGAAGUUCAGACACUGCAACCAGUUGCUUCGCUCUCUUCUACUUUCUAAUGAUAGAUGGCAAUGGGCCUUUGGUCUAAUUGAUAAAAUGGAGUCUCUAGGAUUGAAAUUUCAUCUAUAUGAAUCUACGGAAUCACUCCUAUACAGACGCUCGAACACGCGUAAUCUGGAACAAGUGGCACCUGGGUAAACAUCGGCUUCUUAGUUUCCAGGGCCUCCUCAACUUUCCUCCACAUCGAGCUGGAGAUAUCAGUGUGAUUGCAUACUGAUGCAAGCAUCUAGUUGGCCCAUUGGCCUGCUCUAGACCACCGUGCCAAUAGAAGUUGCCAUGAAGAUGGGUUUGUCUGGAUAAUCCCGAGCAUCCAGGGAUUUUUGUGGUUCUUACUCUGUAACAUUAGAUAGGGGCGAGAUUAGCAGACAACACAUUCAUCCAUGUUAUUUCUCCGCGAUGUUGUGUUGUCAGACAUUUCUUCCCGGUCCCCCGGAUAGAGGAGAAAUUAGAGCCCAUUAGACAGAGGCAAGCACAUUCCUCCAAAAGGGGAGCAAUUCCAGAAUGUCGCAAUUGCGAUGGAUAUGACGUGCUUUGGUUUCGUUUUAUUCAAGUUGCGUCACCUUGUAGAGGAGAAAAGAUCACCCAAAAUAAGCUGUAAUUACCCGGGAUCAUAUUUACUCAAGACUCUGUAGCAAUAAAUCCGUUCUUCUUCUCGAUA